CUCAAUCUGAAUGCACCAACCGAACCAAGGCAGGAACUAGGCUUGCCGAGUUGGACUUCUAGCCACAUAUGGGCUGGUUGCUGUAAUGGGCCGACUGGGUGCUGCGUCGUUGGCACCGGCAGGCGGCAGCACUACAAAUUGUAUCCAGAGUUAUCUAGUGGGAAAAAACAAAACAAAAAAGUCCUUUUUUCUUUUUCUUUACAGCACAUGCGUAUUAAUUGUGACACCGCCCACCGCGUCUCCUUCAGUCCUUCUCUCGGUCCUCAAUAAAUUUCCGCCAUUUUCAUUUUUCACACCAAUGCGAUCAUCUUUAGUCUAGACCGAGUUCCGUCUCUUCUUUGACUCGCCGAUCCGAAGCAACGAUUUUAGGUAAGACCUACUGCAACUCACCUCUCCUAUCUCUUCCGCCGUGUUUCCUUUUUGCGAUCGUUUUUCUCUUUGUUCUAGCUGAAUUUUGAUCGGAUCCCCCUCUGAGCUGAUUCCAGUAUGCGAUGUACUUCCAUACCCUUUAGAUCUAGUCUGGAUACUGAUAUCCGUUUCUAUGCGUUCGUGAUUCUGUAACGUAUAUGAUGUGUGUUUGAGUGAGGCGUCUGAUUUUUUUUUUUUUUUUUGUUGAGACAUGACAGUCGAUCAGGGAGUGAUGCUUUUUUCCCUGAUUGUUGGAUAGGAUGUGGAAAUGGGGAAACUAGGAAGGGGUCUUGGGGAUAGAUGGUUUAUGUUAGGUGUUAGCGGUUGUUCUGGUGAAUGGAGGAAUGACCAUGUUUGCUGCUUGCUUUAGGAAGGUAUGUCGUCUUCCGAUAAGCCCGAGAAGGUUGACAGAGGGACCAAGGAGGAGAAGGAUGAUAAGGAGGAAGGUGGUGGAUUCAUGGACAAGGUGAAGGAUUUCAUACAGGACAUUGGGGAGAAGAUCGAGGAUGCAAUUGGGUUCGGGAAGCCAACUGCUGAUGUGACUGCGAUUCACCUGCCUUGCAUCAACCUCGACAAGGCGGAUAUAGUGGUCGAUGUGCUUAUCAAGAACCCUAACCCCGUCCCGAUCCCUUUGAUCGAUAUCAACUACUUGAUUGAGAGCGAUGGGAGGAAGCUGGUCUCGGGGUUGAUCCCCGAUGCUGGUACCAUUCAUGCUCAUGGCGAGGAGACUGUAAAGAUACCGCUCACUUUGAUCUAUGAUGACAUCAAGAGCACGUAUAACGAUAUCGAGCCUGGAAGCAUUAUCCCGUACAGAAUCAAGGUUGAUCUGCUUGUCGAUGUGCCUGUGUUUGGGAGACUGACUCUGCCACUGGAGAAAACGGGAGAGAUCCCUGUGCCAUACAAGCCUGAUGUUGAUUUGGAUAAGAUAAAAUUCGAGAGCUUUUCGUUUGAGGAGACUGUUGCUGUGCUGCAUGUGAAGAUAGAGAACUUGAAUGACUUUGACUUGGGUCUUAAUUCGCUGGACUGUGAGAUUUGGCUGUCUGAUGUCAGCAUUGGAUGUGCUGAGCUAGGAAAGUCAGCUACCAUUGCUAAGAAGGGAAUAAGUUAUGUCGAUAUUCCUAUCACCUUCAGGCCCAAGGACUUUGGCUCUGCGCUCUGGGACAUGAUCCGGGGAAAGGGUACUGGAUAUACGUUGAAAGGGAAUGUCCAUGUGGACACUCCUUUUGGGGCAAUGAAGCUGCCAAUAAGUAAAGAAGGUGGCACGACUAAGCUGAAGAAGAAGAAAGAAGAUGGUGGUGAUGAUGAUGAUGAUGAUGAGGACUAGGAAAAGACAUCGCUCGCUAGUCGCUACCGUGUGCCCGGGUGGGGAUCGAGUUGCUGUGUGGGGAUUUAGGGUUUGAAACAGAAUAAUAUAUGCGUUUUGAAUGCCAUUUCGUUUGCAAUUAGAGUGAUGGACCAUGACUGGGUUGUGUGCUUCUUAUUGUUAGUAACAUGACCACUCUUCCUACCUGUAACAUUUAUGCCUAUGGUUGAACCUUUGUACUAGCAAGUAGCGAUGUCCUUGUGAAACUUUACUCUUGUGAUCAGUUUUCUCAUCUCGUGGCACCAUUUCAAUUUGUUUUACUAUCUUUGCCAUAGUGAAUGAAGUUCAUUAAUAUUAGACUGUAAGAUCUUGAGUUAAGAUUUCUCAUUUUACAGCUGAGACAAAAAAAAAAAAAAAAAAAAAAAAAUAAUUUAUGCAGUUAAAU